AUGAAGGCACUCAGCUCUGUCAGCGUGGACGGAAUCGGCGUGGAGGAUGGCAUCUACGUCAACUUCUUCGGUGUUGAUGGAAAGGCCGCAAUGCUCGCCUGUGACAUGUACGGUGUCCUUCCCCAAAACCUUCUCUACUUGCCAAAAGAGAUGUUUCUCCAGACAAGAGAUGAGAGUGAGCAAAUUGUGCUGGUGCGGUACACCAUGUGCGAGCGUAGCCGCCAAGGCACCUUUCGCACCUUGCUUGGUGCCAAGUCGAAGCUGAUCGCCGAGGGUAAAGUGGAGGCGCUGUGGGAGGAACGGUGUCGCGCCCUGCCAGACGCGGCGCCGCGCCCGCGCUUUGCAGAACAGCAACUGAAAGAGGCCGCCACGGCACUUGACACAGACAGCGAGAGUGACAGCGAGCAGCAGAUCGACGAGCGCGGCAUGCUGAAGCCACCGCCGCCGCCGCCGUCGUCUGCACCGCCGUUUACUUUUGCCGGCCGAGGCAACGAGGCAGCCGCACAGGCUGCCGCGUCGGAGGAGGACGGAUUGCCCACGGCGGCGAUUAACACACCGUACGGCGGUGCGCAAGACUCGAACUCUCCGCCGCCGCUACGCACGCAGGCUUCCUCUGACGCAGCCUGCGAAACACGCAUAGGUUCGAACACGGCAGUCACAACUGACAAUGCCAUGCCCCCCGUUGACGCGCAACGCAUGACCCAACAGCCGUACGGCGACUGGAGCCAAUACGAACUUGUCAAGCCGCUACCACUGCCUCGGAGACGCCAGCUGCGCACGCAGCCACCAACUUUACCGAAACCGUACUUCCCACGCGUGUGUGAGACGCUUCGCAUCGAAGAGGCAGAGCUCGCCGUCGCGCAACACGAACUCUCUCGCUAUACUACGAAGGUAGCGAAGCAACUACAGGCGAAACAGCAGGAGCGAUUCAGUGGCCUCCACACACACGGGCACAGCACCUCCCUACCUCCUCUCACCUUCUCUCUUUCGCAUAGCACCACUGGUACUCAUCUGCCCCAGUCUGUGGAGCUUCGCAAUCGUCGAGAGCAUGCCGCAAUAAUGCGAGUGGCGCAACUGCGUGUGUGCUCGUUGAAUGAACGCUACGAGCAAGCCCGCUCUAUCGGCGAGGAAAUGGAGGCCAUUCCAUCCCUUGGUACACUGGAGCACAUGCUCAAGUAUCAACAAUCCAUCGGCGUGACUCCCGAGCUCGAGGACCGCAUUCAGGCCAAGGCAGAACGCGAGGAAUCCCGCGCGGCAGCUCGACAGGCGAUGCGGGAGGCUGAGUGGGAGCGAGUGUACGCAAUGGAGGAGAAGGCGCAGCACGCGAAAGAGGUACGGGAGGUGGCGCAUGAAAAGACGAAGGGUAUCGCUGCCGAGGCGCAGCGAGUGCAGCGACUUAUUACAAAGUGGAAGCAGGCGGCGGCCAAUCGGCAACAGGAAACACACUUGAACCAAAUUCUUCACCGAAGUGCCGUGCGGCAUGCUAAGGCGGACACCUACAUUGAGGCGAAGCGCGCGUCUGCCAGCAUGCUGCGGUACCACCAUGACCAACAGGAGAUGCACCGCCGUCAGCUGCGCAACAUGAUUCGCGAUAUGAUGAUCCGAAAGAAUUUCGCUGCAGACGAGGUGACCGAUUGGGAGAAGGACAUCGUCGCAUAA